AUGUCGCUUUCUGAUGUGUACGAUAGCGCAAAGCGCGCUCUUUCUUCAGCUCCGCCAAACGACUCCUACCUUCGCUGGGAUGCGCCGGGGGUGGAGACGCCAAAACCCAACGAAGAUGAGACCGCUAAGAAGAUUGGAGAGACGAUGAACAGGAUGCAGCAGCACAAUUUCGAUCAGCAUCGACAUGCUUUUCGAGCGACGCACGUCAAGACGCAGGGUAUUGUCAAAGGCAAAAUGACCGUGCUUCCGGACCUGCCGGCCCACCUACAACAAGGCCUAUUCAAGACACCCGGCAAGAUCUACGAUGUCGCGGCACGAUAUGCUAAUGAACCUGUCUUUCUUCAAGCAGACCAGCAGCCAGGGCCUCGCGGUUUGGGAAUGCGAGUAUUCGGUGUGCAGGGUGAGCAGCUCCAAAGCUCUGACCCUGAGGCCAGUACGCAGGAUGUGUUUUUCAAUAACGCUCCGUCGAUCGAGUUGACCGAUAUCGAUACUUGUCUUGAGAUCAUGGAACUGAGGGAGAAGUACUUUGACAGUCCCUUGAAGUUGGCCGCAGCGACAAAACUAAGGACAGAUGCGAUCAAGCAAAGUGCGCCUGGUAUGCUCCCGAAUACGAACAUAAUCAGCCACUCGUUCUACACUCAGAGUGCAUUUCGUUUUGGCGAAUGGUAUGGCCACAUGGCGCUCUUCCCAGUACUCGACGAUAUGAAGCAACGAGAGGAGAAAGUCAAAGGUAGUGACUCGCGAGAGGCACUUCGCGAUUGGCUGUUGGAGUACUUUGCUGAUAAUGGCGCCAAAUACGAGUUCAAAAUUCAGCUCGGUACUUCACCUGCUCAUCACCCGACCGAAGACGGCUCAGUGGUAUGGGACGAAGCUACGGCGCCAUAUCAGACCAUCGCAACAAUUGAAUUCCCGCCUCAAGAUGCGUUGAGCGCCCAACGAAGAGUCUUUUGGGAGGACAUGAUGAAACUGAACCCAUGGGAUGGACUGGUGGCACAUCAGCCACUGGGUAGUAUCAACCGUUUGAGGAAAACGGUCUACGAGAUGAGCAGGAAGAAGCGUGAAGCUGUGAACGCUACGCCAACCAAGGCGGUCAACAGUGUCAACGAGAUACCAUGA